AUGCCACAUUCUCCAACGAAAAAAGCUCAUUCCGAUCGGCAUGAAAUUCGUCUGUCAGAAUACGGCCAAGGAAGACGUAUAGCAAUAAGUGCAAUGAUAAGUAGUGCAGAUUUUCAUUUACCAUCAGUUGAUAUUUUUGAAUGUAAUGAAGUGCACAGUAUGGAUUCAAGUCGUUUUGUUAGAUGGCUUUGGGAAACUUCGUGUACAUUAAGAGGUGAUAAUGCAGUUGCUUAUGCACCAGAAAAGAAAUUCAAAGUUGAUGAGGCGACGAAAGAAUUCAGAGUUGAGAUUCUACGAUUACCGAUAAAGCAUUGUGUUCUCAACCCCAUAAAAUUAGCCUGGGCCGAGCUCAAAGAUUUUAUUCGAAAUAAUAAUAAUAAUAAUUUUACUCUUACGGAUCUUACGACAUUAUCUCAAGCAUACAUGGCUGCAUGUUCCACAGAAUUAAUUGCCCGUUUUAUACAGCAUGCACAAAAUUAUGAGGAAAAAUUCAAAGCGGCAGAUAAGAUCGCUGAAGAAAUGGACAAAUACAUAAUACAAGAGGAUUUAGAAUAUGACACAGAUGGAUAA